AUAAUAAUCAUCCAUCAUUGUGAUCUUAGCUUUUUCUUUUGUUUUGUCUUUGUUUUUCUUUGGUUGAUUACAAUUGUCAUCAUACGCACUAUCUACCUUUAUUAUCAAACAAAAUCGAACGUUUUUUGUUUUGUUUUGAUUGAUUGAUUGAUCGAUCACUGACUUUUCUGUUCUCUGAUCUUCUUUCGUCGCGAGUAUUAUUUUAGUCGUUUUUUUUUCGAAUCAUCCUUUUCACGAAAAUGUUACAAUUACCAAUUGGAAUACGUUGUUUUUUACAAAAACGUUUUCGUACUUUAAACAUUUAUAGAUCUCUUGUAUUAAUAUUUACAUAUUUAGCAUAUGCUAGUUAUCAUUUAAGUCGUCGUCCAUUCAGUAUUGUUAAAAGUGUUCUUACCUGUAAUAAUCAAACUGAUCAUCAUCAUAAUAAUGAUGGUGAUGAAUGUGGUUGGAAACCAUUCAAUAAUCAAAAUGAUUCAGAAACAUUACUUGGAUUAUUGGAUUCAGCAUUCUUGUUUGCAUAUGCUAUUGGAAUGUUUUUCUCUGGGUUUUUAGCUGAACGUUGUAAUUUAAGAUAUUUUCUUGCAUUUGGAAUGUUAUUUAGUGGUUUAUUAAAUUAUUCAAUUGGUUUAGCAUAUUAUUAUAAUAUACAUUCAUUAUCAUAUUUUGUUUUAUUACAAAUUCUUUCCGGCAUUUUACAAACAACUGGUUGGCCAGCUGUUGUUACCUGUAUUGGUCAUUGGUUUAAUAAAUCAUCACGUGGUGUUUUGUUUGGUAUUUGGAAUUCACAUACAAAUGUUGGUAAUAUUAUUGGUGCAUUAGUUGCCGGUGCUUUUGUCGAUUAUAAUUGGGGUUUAAGUUUUAUAAUACCCGGAUUGAUUAUUGGUUUAUCUGGAUUUUUUAUAUUUUUAUUUCUUGUGCCUUGUCCCGAAGAUGUUGGAAUAUCAUCAACAAUCAUACAUGGACCGCAACAAUCAACAAUCGCUGAUCAAAUUGAUCCAACCGAAUCGAUUAUACAAUCAGCUGAAGAUUCGGGUAUAUUUGCACGUAGUGGUGAUAAUCAUCGUAGAAUUAUUAUUCGUAAUGAUAAUGAUAUUGAAUCGUCACAAAUGGAAGAAGAUAGUCCAUUACUUUGUUCAUUAGACGAUAGUGCCAUUAAUGUACAUAUACCGGAAAAACAUGCCAUUUCAUUUUUUCAGGCAUUAAAAAUUCCUGGUGUAAUUGAAUUUUCUGUUUGUCUAUUUUUUGCAAAACUAGUUAGCUAUACAUUUUUAUUCUGGUUACCAUUUUAUAUUAAUUUUUCAAUGCAUAGUUCAUCAUCAAAUUCAGCAUUUUUAUCCGCAUUUUUUGAUUUGGGUGGUAUUAUUGGUGGUAUAUUAGCCGGUUUUAUUGUUGAUCGUUAUGGUGCUAGUGCUAUUACCUGUGUUGGUAUGCUUAGUAUGGCAAUACCUUCGCUAUUAUUAUAUUACAACUAUGGUAAUCAAUCAAAUUCGAUGAACAUCCUGUUACAAAUUAUAACCGGAACAUUUGUUAAUGGACCAUAUGCAUUGAUAACGACGGCCGUAUCGGCUGAAUUGGGUACCAAAGUUAAAUCAAGUCAAGCAUUAGCUACAGUUACGGCUAUUAUUGAUGGUACUGGAUCGCUGGGUGCAGCUAUUGGUCCAUUAUUAAGCGGACCAUUAGGUGGUAUUGGUUGGAGUUAUGUUUUCCUUAUGGUCAUCUUAUCCGAUACAUUAGCAUUAUUAUCAUUGUUACGUAUUGCACGGCAAGAAUAUUAUCGUUUAAGAUCAAAUUGAACCAAACUAAUCGAACGAACAAACAUUGAUCAUGUCGUGGCGCUGAUUAUGGUUUUUUUUCACUCAUCAAAUCAACGAAUUUCCUAACCCUUUUUUUUAUCAUUUUCUAAUUAACUUUAACUAAUUUUUUUUUGAUAAAAACAUUUUAUAAAUAUUUUUUUUUUUGAAAAGGAUAAA